AUGAAAUUAACCAUAUGAUCAUAAAGAUCAUAAAUUAACCUACAAAACACUGGCAGACUAAUAAUGUACAUUGGAGUUUAUAGUGUUUACUCUAUUUUAUGAGAUUUUAUAGACAAAUGCCUCCAUCUGGUAAAAACAAAAAUAGAAAAAUUAAGUGUGCACCUUCAUUACCUAAAACCGAUCAUAAUUUGAAGACAUACUAUACAUGCACAUCAAAUAACGAUCAAGAAGAACUUAAAAGGGAAUUUGAAGUUGAAUUAUGUUGGUGUAUAGAGCAAUUGCAAAAAGCUUUAAAAGCUGGAAAAUUAAAUAAAAAGCAGGUUCAAGAUCAUGUUAAGGCAUUAAAUACUUUAAUGAGUAGUACCACACCAGUACCACAAAAGAGGCAAGUAAUGCGUUUGUCUUUUGGUGAUUACAGAGCAAAAAUGGUUGCUGAAGAAAAAAAGUAUUCUGGAAAAAUCAAUGCAAAAAUUGUAACAGCAAAGCCUGAUAGUAAAUCAACUUUUGUAAGAAAGUCAGUGUUAUUAAAUGAAGGGGAAAGUUUUAAAUUCAAUUUUGAUGCACUAAAUGUUAAUGAAGAUUCCAGCUAUACGCAUGAUCACACUUUGAAAGAUAAAGAUCAGAACGUGGUAACGAACUGUAACCAUUUUAAAUUUAUUCCAUCAAACAGCACAUUCAAAUUUUCAUUUAAUAUUGAUUAAUUUGUAGAAAUUAUUUUAAAUAUAUGUAAUUCCAAAAAAAAAACAGAAUUAUAACUGUAUAUAUUUUAUGUAAAAUUGUAGAUUACAUAAAUAUAGUAACAUUUUGUCACUGUAACA